CUUUUACUUGCGCCCGUCGCUUUUUCUACCAUACUACCUUACUUAUUCACACUAAAGCUACGUUCCUCCGGUGGAAGAAACAGCUACGAUUUGCCACGACUAUAAUCCCCACAACUGGGUAUUUCCCCUAUCCUGUUAGUUCACCCCUACACUUGCCUUCCACUUGGAACCCUGUCUUCUUUGUAACGUCCGUCCAUUCCCGAUAAAAUACAUACUGUACUUUGACCGUAUCGGACGGUCGAGGUGAAUUCCCCGGACCUCUGCCUCCCGUUCUCCCGCUCUGGUCUCCCAUCUUCUGUCCUUGCCUACUUAGUAGUAUCCCCCCCGCUCCCCCCCUCCUUCCUUCCGUUUUCUUCUUCUAUUCUUUCCUCCUUCCCUGUUUUUGCCUUUACUUUCGUCCAUCUUCAAGCUAAACGUUGGGUCACAGAAAAGCUCUUAUCUUCCGUUGUUGACCCGAACAUAUUGUGACGACAUAUUUCUAGAUCCUCCCCAUUUAACCUAUACUACCGCAGCGAAGUACCACCCCGCCCCGAAUUGGUCCGCGGCGAUUUUCUUUACAGGUCUUUCUAUAAACUUCCUAGUUUUGUCAUUCCGUUCUCUGUCGGUCGCCGGCGGAAGAAUGGGUUUGAACUUGGAGGAAAUCUAUGGCCAAAAUAUAAUUGACAAGCAGAAGCCCAUCGAGUAUUCGGAGUACCAACCAAAGCAGGGAUAUGGUUGGGCUAACACAUUGCCCGAGAGGCAAGGUCUUUAUGAUCCCGAAUAUGAGAAGGAUGCUUGUGGUGUAGGCUUCACUGCCCAUAUCAAGGGCCAGCCUAGUCAUAAGAUCGUCAGCGAUGCUCGCAAUCUCCUCUGCAACAUGACGCAUCGAGGAGCUGUCGGCUCAGAUGCUCGGGAUGGUGAUGGUGCUGGUGUAAUGACAAGCAUUCCCCAUAAAUUUUUCAUCAAGAACUUUGCUCGCGAGGUCGGAGUUGAUCUACCCCCUCUCGGCCAGUACGCUGUCGGCAAUCUCUUCUUCAAACCCGAUCAAGAGACUCUCAAGGACUCUACGGCUACAUUUGAGGAACUUGCAACAGGCCUAGGGCUACGAGUACUAGGGUGGCGUGAGGUUCCUCAUGACUCUACUAUCCUGGGCCCUGCUGCUUUAUCCCGAGAGCCUAUUAUCAUGCAGCCUUUCGUGGUGCUGAAGUCGGCUUACGGUGACAGCAACAAGCCUGACCUUACCGAUGCAGAAUUAUUCGAUGAGAGGACUUUUGAGCGUCAGUUAUAUGUUCUUAGGAAACGUGCUACUCAUGUUCUCGGCCUCGCCAAUUGGUUCUACCUGUGCUCCCUCAGCAACAGGAAUAUUGUCUACAAGGGUCAACUUGCCCCUGUUCAAGUCUAUCAGUACUACCACGAUCUGGUCAAUGUGGACUAUGAAGGUCACUUUGCUCUUGUCCAUUCUCGUUUCUCUACCAACACAUUCCCAUCCUGGGACCGUGCCCAACCUUUACGGUGGGCUGCACACAACGGUGAAAUCAAUACUCUGCGAGGUAACAAGAACUGGAUGCGGGCUAGGGAAGGUGUGCUCAAGUCAGACAUAUUUGGCGAGGAGCUUGAUUCGCUGUAUCCUAUCGUCGAGGAUGGUGGCUCCGACUCUGCUGCAUUUGAUAAUGUUUUGGAGCUGUUGAUGGUUAACGGUGUUCUCUCCUUGCCAGAGGCAGUCAUGCUCAUGAUUCCUGAAGCUUGGCAGGAUAAUCCAGCCAUAGAUCCAGCAAAGGCUGCUUUUUAUGAGUGGGCUGCCUGUCAGAUGGAGCCUUGGGACGGCCCUGCUCUCUUCACGUUCUCCGAUGGACGGUACUGUGGUGCGAACCUUGACCGUAAUGGUUUGCGCCCCUGCCGUUUCUAUGUCAUGGAUGACGACCGUAUCAUUUGUGCGUCCGAAGUUGGUGCCGUCGACAUUGACCCUGAGCGUGUGGUCCAGAAAGGUCGCCUUCAACCUGGAAAGAUGCUCCUGGUUGACACAGUGGCCGGCCGAAUCAUUGAUGACUCGGAGCUCAAAUAUACCGUUUCUCAUCGCCAAGACUUUGCCGCAUGGCUGGAAAAGGAGCUUUUGAAGCUUCCCGCUAUUAAUGAGAAGUUGCUUCAACACAAUGUUGACCUUAGCUACGCAAUUGAUAACACUACCAUUCAGAAUGAUCCCCGCCUCAAAGCUUUUGGAUACUCAUUUGAACAGGUCAGCUUGCUUCUUGGUCCCAUGGCCGCUGACUCAAAGGAAGCAUUGGGCUCGAUGGGUAAUGAUGCCCCGUUGGCUUGCAUUGCCCAACAGCCCCGUCUUCUAUAUGAAUAUUUCCGCCAACUUUUCGCACAAGUCACAAAUCCGCCUAUAGAUCCUAUUCGAGAGGCUGUGGUUAUGUCUCUCGAGUGUUACGUUGGGCCUCAGGGCAACCUUCUGGAGAUGGAUGCCUCGCAAUGCCAUCGCCUCCUCCUUCCCUCCCCAAUCUUGAGCAUCCCUGAGUUCAAUGCCUUAAAGAAUAUCAACAGAGCGCACAAAGACUGGACUGUGAGAAUUAUUGACAUUACCUUUGAGAAGAAGAAAGGCGUUCCAGGAUACCUUGAGGCACUUGAUGCUAUUUGUGACGCUGCUACUGAGGCAAUUCAAGACGGAGACAAGGUCCUUGUCCUUUCUGAUCGUUCUACUUCGGGAGACAGGGUCCCUGUGUCUGCUCUCUUAGCCACUGGUCUUGUACACCAUCACCUUGUUCGCAACAAGUGGAGGUCUCUUGCAGCCCUAGUCGUGGAGACUGCCGAGGCUCGAGAGGUUCACCAUAUGUGUGUUCUGGUUGGGUAUGGUGCUGAUGCCAUCAACCCAUACCUGGCUAUGGAGUGUAUCCUUAAGAUGAACCGCGAGAAGCUGAUCCGCAAGCAACUACCUGACGAAAAGGUCAUCGAAAAUUACAAGGCCUCGUGUAAUGGUGGUAUCCUAAAAGUCAUGAGCAAGAUGGGUAUCUCUACGUUGCAGUCGUACAAGGGCGCACAGAUUUUCGAGGCGCUUGGUAUUGACGAUAGUGUCAUCGACCGGUGCUUUACGGGAACCGCGAGCCGCAUCCGUGGCUUGACGUUUGAGCUGAUCGCUCAGGAUGCGUUUGCUUUCCAUGAGCGUGGCUACCCAUCACGUUCCGUUGUUGAAAUCCCUGGGCUCCCCGAGUCUGGCGAAUAUCACUGGCGUGAUGGGGGUGAAGAGCAUGUGAACGAUCCAGUUAGCAUUGCCAAUAUGCAAGAUGCAGUGCGCACAAAGAACGACAAAUCUUAUGAAGCCUACGCCAAAGCUGAGCACGAGCAAAUCAAAAACUGUACCCUCCGUGGUAUGCUUGAUUUUGACUUCGAGCAGCGGACUCCUAUCCCCAUUGAUCAGGUUGAGCCUUGGACUGAGAUCGUCCGUCGAUUCGUAACAGGUGCCAUGUCCUAUGGCUCUAUCUCCAUGGAAUCCCACUCUACCCUAGCUAUUGCCAUGAACCGGCUGGGUGGCAAGUCUAAUACUGGAGAAGGUGGUGAAGAUCCCGAGCGAAGCAAACGAAUGGAGAGCGGGGACACGAUGCGGUCUGCCAUCAAACAGAUCGCAUCGGGCCGUUUCGGUGUGACGUCUCACUACCUGGCCGAUGCUGAUGAACUACAAAUCAAAAUGGCCCAGGGCGCUAAACCCGGCGAAGGUGGCGAGCUUCCAGGCCACAAGGUCGUUGGCCCUAUAGCUCACACCCGCUAUUCCACUCCUGGUGUCGGCCUGAUCUCGCCACCCCCUCACCAUGACAUCUAUUCAAUUGAGGACCUCAAGCAGCUCAUCUACGAUCUUAAAUGUUCCAAUCCUCGCGCGCGUGUUUCUGUUAAGCUCGUAUCAGAAGUUGGUGUUGGUAUUGUUGCCUCCGGAGUUGCGAAGGCCAAGGCUGACCACAUUUUGAUUUCUGGUCAUGAUGGUGGUACUGGUGCUUCUCGCUGGACUGGCAUCAAAUAUGCUGGUCUUCCGUGGGAACUGGGUCUCGCAGAGACUCAUCAAACUCUUGUUCUGAAUGACCUACGUGGUCGCGUCGUUGUGCAGACUGAUGGUCAACUCCGCACAGGCCGCGAUCUUGCUAUCGCCUGUCUCCUUGGAGCUGAAGAAUUCGGCUUUGCUACAACACCUUUGAUCGCCAUGGGUUGCAUUAUGAUGAGAAAAUGCCAUCUGAAUACUUGCCCUGUCGGUAUUGCUACUCAGGACCCUGACCUGAGGAAAAAGUUUUCAGGCACUCCGGAGCAUGUUAUCAACUUUUUUUACUACGUCGCUAAUGAAAUGCGUGCUAUCAUGGCCAAAUUGGGUAUUCGUACCGUCAAUGAAAUGGUUGGACGGGCUGAACUGUUGAAAACUAGAGAUGACAUCCGAAACGCUAAGCAGGAGAAGAUUGAUCUUUCGCUCAUUCUUACUCCUGCUCACUCGUUGCGCCCUGGCGUUGCUACAUACAAUGUCCGCAAGCAGGAUCAUCGCCUGCACACUCGCCUCGACAACAAGCUGAUUGCAGAGUCUGAGCUUGCACUUGAGAAGGGCCUUCCAUGCAGGAUCGAGUGUGAUAUAGUCAACACAGAUCGUGCUCUGGGCGCUACGCUCUCUUACCAGGUUAGCCGCCGCUUUGGUGGCGAGGGUCUUCCACAGGAUACGAUCCACGCCAAUAUCAAGGGCUCUGCUGGUCAGUCAUUCGGUGCUUACCUUGCUCCCGGUAUCACUCUUGAGCUUGAGGGUGACGCCAAUGACUAUGUUGGCAAGGGUCUAUCGGGAGGUCGCCUCAUCAUUUACCCUCCUCGCGGUGCUGCUUUUAAGGCAGAGGAGAAUAUCAUCGUUGGUAACACUUGUCUCUACGGUGCUACCAGGGGUACCUGCUUCUUCCGUGGUGUGGCCGCUGAGCGUUUCGCUGUUCGGAACUCUGGUGCUACUGCAGUCGUUGAGGGUGUUGGGGAACACGGUUGUGAGUAUAUGACUGGGGGUCGUGUUCUCAUUCUUGGAUCAAUUGGCCGUAACUUUGCUGCCGGUAUGUCCGGUGGUAUCGCUUACGUCCUAGAUAUGGACCAGGACUUCCACUCAAAGGUCAACAUGGAGAUGGUGGAGGUAUCCGGCUUGGAGGAUCCUGCUGAGAUUGCGUUUGUCCGUGGGCUCAUUGAAGACCAUCACCACUACACUGGCUCGGAACUGGCUGCCCGCAUUCUGUUAGACUUUACCCGUGCUCUUCCCCACUUUGUCAAGGUUCUGCCAACCGAUUACAAACGGGUUAUGGAGGAGGAAGCUGCUAAAGCUGAGGCUGCUAGGGGAGCCGCGCUCACUGUACCUCAGCUUUCUGGCACACCCUCCAAUGCUGAGAAGCCCAAAUCAGGAGAUGCGAAGAGGGCCGAAAUGCUUGACAUUGAGGAUAGCGUGAGCGAUUCAAAGACAGAGAAGAAGCGGUCGGCACUCGUCCUUGAUAAGACAAGGGGCUUCAUGAAGUAUAACAGACGUAGUGAGAAGUACCGGAACCCCGGUACUCGUACUCGUGAUUGGGCCGAACUCAAUAGCCGUCUCACGGAGGAUGAGCUUAAGUACCAGUCUGCUCGUUGUAUGGACUGCGGUGUUCCUUUCUGCCAGUCUGACACUGGCUGUCCAAUUUCUAACAUCAUCCCUAAGUGGAACGAGCUCGUUUUCCAGAAUCAGUGGCAAGAUGCCCUUAAUCGCUUGCUUAUGACCAACAACUUCCCGGAAUUCACUGGUCGUGUCUGCCCCGCCCCUUGUGAAGGUGCUUGUGUCCUGGGAAUCAACGAAGACCCUGUUGGCAUCAAAUCUAUCGAAUGUGCCAUCAUUGACCGCGGGUUCGAGAUGGGCUGGAUGGUACCUCGUAUUCCUAAGUCUCGUACUAGUAAGACCGUUGCUAUCAUUGGCUCUGGCCCGGCCGGUCUCGCAGCUGCAGAUCAGCUCAACCGUGCUGGUCAUAACGUUACCGUAUACGAGCGUGCCGACCGUAUUGGUGGUCUACUUAUGUAUGGUAUUCCCAAUAUGAAGCUUGACAAAAGGGUCGUGCAACGCCGCGUCGAUCUGAUGGCUGCCGAGGGGGUCAAGUUUGUGCCUAACACCUCUGUUGGCCCUGAUAAUGAGGUUUCUUUGAACUCCUUGCGCGAGAUGCAUGAUGCUGUUAUCAUUGCCACCGGUGCCACUGUGGCUCGUGAUCUCAAAGUUCCUGGCCGCGAGCUGGAAGGUGUCCAUUUUGCAAUGCAAUUUUUGCACCGUAACACCAAGUCACUCCUUGACUCUAACCUUGCUGAUGGCGCAUACAUCUCUGCCAAGGACAAGCAUGUUGUUGUCAUUGGCGGUGGUGACACUGGAAAUGAUUGCAUUGGCACCUCUGUUCGCCACGGGGCCAAGUCCGUCACUAACUUCGAAUUACUUCCUCAACCACCUCCAGAACGUGCCCGCGACAAUCCAUGGCCCCAAUGGCCGCGCAUUUACCGUGUUGAUUAUGGUCACUCUGAAGUCAAGACUCACAUGGGCAAGGAUCCCCGCGAGUACUGUGUUAUGUCUACGGAUUUUGUUGACGACGGAACUGGCCAUGUUAAAGGUAUUAACACUGUUCGUGUUGAGUGGACCAAGAGCGCCUCUGGUGGCUGGGAUAUGAAGACGGUUGAGGGCAGUGAGCAGUUCUUCCCUGCAGAUCUUGUCUUGCUGUCCAUGGGAUUCCUGGGACCUGAAGACCGUCUUCUAGGUGAUGAAAUUGAGCGCGAUGCUCGCAAGAAUGUCAAGACGCCUCCGGGCCAAUAUUCCUCUAACGUCCCUGGAGUUUUUGCUGCUGGUGAUUGUCGUCGUGGACAGUCUCUCAUUGUCUGGGGUAUUAAUGAGGGUCGUCAGUGUGCUCGCGAAGUUGACGCUUAUCUUAUGGAAAUCAGCUCUCAGCUUCCUGUCACUGGUGGCAUUGUCCGUAGGCCUGCUAUUGAUGCGGUUCGACAGUCUAUGGAACAAGCUGUUUCUGCAUGAUUUAUCUGGGAUCUCCAGACUCUGGAACCGGACUGGUUCCGGUCACAGGGCUAUGUUUUAUGACUAACAUUACUAUGGUUUAUCAAGUGGCUAUUGAAGAUAUCUAUUAAACACGCAGAAUAUAUGUUGGGCAGGAAUAUGUGCCACGGCGACUCUUAUCAACAGCUACGACCACCGUUGCGUUGAUACACUGGCUUUUUUGUUUUUUUCUUUUCGUUUUCUUUUCUUACUGGGCUUCUGGUUUCCCUUAAUGCCCCCCACCUGCGGUGGUGUUUGCGUUUUUGUUGCAGAAUCCUUUAUCAUAAACUGGUGUGCAAAAAAGGUGUCGGAGCGUUUGCAAUUCAACAACUUUUCCAUGAUUGAUUGUAUAUAUCUACUUCUCCACAAGAUAGUGGAAUUUCUAUGAUAAUGUUACUGGAAAUUGAUAUGUUUACAGGCGAAAA